AUGGAUUUCCGCCAGGUGCCCCAGAGUACGUCCAUCUUCGCUUGCGGCUUCCGGCCCCGCGCCUCGCCGCCUGCGGCAGACGACCGCCGCAGCAGCGCAUCACGCCGAGCCGCGAAGCCAAGCAGGAAGCCGCAAGAUAAGAGCAAGCCGCAGAAGAGACCGAGCCGCACAGCCGGAACGAAGCAAGCCCGCGCCGAGCACGCCGAGCGCCGCGCCAAGACGAGAAAUAAAGGAGAAGAAAGCCGAACAGCGGCGAGCGACGCAGGCGAAGCAACGCAGCCGAAGGUGGAGCAAGCCGAAGCAGAGAAAGCCGCGAGCGCAGCGCAGCAACACGCGAGAGAGGGAAACGCCAGAUCCACAGAAAGCGGAAGCGAACGAAGACCAGACGCGCAAGCAGCAGCCGAGCCCGCAGCACGCAGAGCACGAAGCGCAGCUAGCAGCCGACGCAGAGCCUCGCAGACAUCCUCGAGCCGAAUGAAGAAGCGACCGCCGCCGCCGAGCACCGCCGCAGAGCGAAAGCCGCGCCGCGCCAGCCGAGAAGCGAACGGAAGACGCCGAGAAAGCCGACGAGCCAGCGCAGCCGUCGCAACGACGCCGCAGAGCCCAGCAGCCAAGAGAACGAAGACGAAGCGCAAGACGCGCCGCGCCCGCCGCCUCGCGCCGCCGAGACGAGACCGAAGCCGAAUGUCAAAGCCGGAGCGCGAGAGGCUGAGACUCAGGAGGAGGAGACUUGGUAGGCUGAAGAAGAGACUCAGGAUGGGGAGCAGAGACUAA